AGUUUUGUGCACUCUCCAUCGACGACCUCCUCUCCCGGGCUACGCGCGGGACUAGCUCGCCGACGUGCCCCCUCCGCCGCCUCGCUCGCCUCCUCCAUCUCUUCGCGCCGUCAAGGACCACUACGCCGCCGUUGUGCUUGCGCUCCGCCUCACGGGGGCGCAGGUUGCUGAAUUCGUGCUCCUAGACUAGGAGCUCGUGGCCGCGGCGCCAUUCAGUCUCCGUGUGCGACCACCACCGCAACCCUAGUCGCCACGGUCGUCGGUGCGGCUCCCACGCCUCCGAGCCUCCCGCGCGGCCGCCUCAGCCUCCUAUCCUACGUCAACUACGUGGCGCUGCCCUAAAUCGCCUCCUGCCCGGCUUCCCCGCGAACGCCGCUUGCCCAUGGACCACGCGCCUGCGCACGGUUGCCGGUUGUGGGCACGGUGGUGCUCUGCCUCUGCUCCAUCGUCGCCUCCCUCACCACAUUUCCUCCGCCACUGUCGACGUGUGAUGGUGAAUUUCCCCUUCCUCUUUCCCUCUUUUGUUCCAAUUUAGGAUGUGUUAAUGUGAUGUUGUUAAAUGAGAUCAUAUGCUGCUGUUACGUGAAUUCAUCUGGUGUUGAUUGUUUGUUGUUAUAACCUACGCUUCCUAUUAAACUCAAACAAAUUCCAAUUAUAUGUUAGUGUUUCAGACAAUUCAUGGACAUGCAAUGUGUUUUCCAAUGUUGCAAUGCUAUGUUAUUUGAGAACUGAUACAUCUGUAUAUCACAUUUCAUCUGUGAUCAUCGAUCCUUUAGUACUCUAAUGAAUGUUCCGUUUAAUUUGCGAAAUGUUUUCUGAACUCCAUUCCAAACCUGUGUUCCUUAUGGCAUUCGUUGUCAAGGAGAAUUGGUUCAGAGUGACCAUCUGAACCUUGAUCGAUCCGUUUUGGGCUACUGGUGACCGUUGCCUCCCCACAGGUCGAUGAAUGUGAUUUGUUAUGUUUCCUUUGUUCUCUUCCUUUUUUCUGCUAAUCAGCCAUCUGACGACCUGCUCUAGCCCAAGGCAAAGAAGAUCAUGGCCUUGGAUGACAAAGAUGGUAACCUGCAGCUCAAGGGCUUCGCAUGGGUCCCUGUUCGAUCCAUGGAAGAAUUUCAGGAGGUUUACUCAAUUUUUUGAAAUGGGUGUGCAGAGAGGAAAGUUGCACACACAGGCCUGAACGAUGUUUCAAGUAGGAGCCAUGUUGUGCUCUCCAUCCGGAUCAGUAAUGAUACUGUCAAAGGGAUCAGUAAUGGGUGGUGCUAGUGCUUCUGGCGCUGUACCGGUGAUCCAUGAACAUUAUUACCUUUUGAAGUUGCAGGAGAUUUAGGUUAUAACAAAAAACAGGUCUUGAUUUAUGCUAAAAAUCCCUUUUAUUUAGUGACUAGAGACUUCCUUUUUAUGCUUGUGUUUGCCUACUUGUAGUGGAGAUGGAGAAUUGGGCCAUAAUAUCUUUCCUGUAAUGAAAUGCUUAUGCCUCAAAUGAGGUAUGCGUCUUAAGUUGCCUUUUUACUGAAUUAACUUCUGUUUCAUCCAUUUAUUUUUACUACCCAUUAAACACUUCCUUGCUGCAGUCACCUUGUUUUGGUAUAAUAGAAUAAUUUUCAUGAACAUUGUAAUUGCUUUAUAAUUUUUUCAGUACAGUAUGAAUAAUUAAACUUAUAGAAGCACAAUCUGCAGAGAUAAACAUGAUUAUCGAAUCUAUAUUCCGGUAAUUCAGUACCCCUUUAGUGGGCAGUGACAGUGCUGCUCUAAUCUGAAUUAAACUUCUGCUAUCUAAGAUGUUUUCAAAGAUAUCAGGGAAGUGAGCCGAUCCCUGCUCAAUUUCUAGUUCAGAAAGAUAAAUUGAUCUGGAAAAUAGUGCAAUGCAUGAACUUGCAAAGGUGUGUCAUAGUGUGUUGAUUAUAAAUGUUGCUUGGCUCUACUCCAUCCUCCCUGCAUCCUGGAGUUAACUAUGUGUGACUGUAUCAAAGAUGUCUUUAUUAAUCAAGGAUGUCUACAAAUCAAGUGAAUCACCAUUGUGACUGGACCAUAUCCAAGAUAGGAAAUCCCACACAGAGCAUCUCAGUUGAGUAAAUCAACUCAAUCAAAACCUAGCAUUAGCGCUGCCAAUAUGGACAUGGGUUCAGUAGCUGAACCAACCGGCGAUGGGGAGCGUCCUCUUCAUUGCAGGCUUCUUCAGUUAAACAAGAUGGAGCACUAUGACAGGCUCAUGAAAAAUGGUAAGAUGCUAGAAGAUGAGAACAAGUUGGUUGCCUUUAAACUGAAGAAGCUCCAGUACAAUAGUCAGAUAGACUUAAGAAUCAGGAAAAUGAAGUCUGAUCUGAAGAAGAUAAUAGGCUUCCAGUUUAAUCUAUUGUGCCUUAAUGCAGACAUCAAGAGUAUGCGAAGAAAUGUUGAGCAAGAGGAAGCUUAUGUUGAGCUACAAUGUUGUUAAGUUCUGUAAGUUAGCAUGCUAGGAUCGUGUGAGUUGGCACUAGAUUGUGAAUGUGAUUGCUGGGAUAGUACUUACAGUUCAGUUCUGUAAAUGCUUGAUUGUUAUAUACUGGAUUGUGAUUAAAGUUUGUUGUUUAGUAA